AUGUCAGAUAAAGAAUUCAACUGCAACUUUAAAGAAUUGAUUCCAGAACAUAUGGAGUAUCUAACCAUAGUUAAUAAAGCGAACUGGUUUAGACAGAAAUUCUAAACCCCAGACUAUCAUCAAUCAUCAACUCAAAUUCUGGAAGCAUUACCGCACUUUUCUUUUGUAAUAGAAGUCUAUUCUCUAGUUCUUGGACUGUCCAUUCCUGCAAUGUUUUCAAAGUUUUUACUCUUUUACAGAGGUCACUGAAGCUACUAUAGUAUUUCUGGUGGCUCUCUGUAACAGGUUGUCUUCUACCACAGAUCUCAAUGGACAUGCAACAGGUCUCACCAUGUCAUGACUUCUCUUAGGCAUACUGAAAGUUGGCAAGGCUCCAAACUUUGGUGUUUUUUUCGCCAUCUUUUCCAAUUGAACUGAAAUAAAAAUAAAAGAAAAGCAAUGUGUAGCAACAAUCUGUAUAAGAAUAUAAAGUUCAAACACGAAUGAGACAUCAUUUAUGUGGCCGGUUGUGUUUACAUGGAUACCAGAUAUGUUUAUUACAGACAACUCAAGCACUUACAUGUCUCAUAUCAUCAGGAUCGAAAUGUUUCUCACAUGUAAACACCUUGCCAUUAUCGAUCUGAUUUUGGAAGUCUUUGUCAAUGACUCAUCUUCGUCAGCUCAUUUGGCCACUCUUCCUGCCACUUCUUGUAUUCUGCAUUUCGUGGUGAGUGCAGUUUGAAGAUACCAAUCCCUUCAGUUCUAUGGCACGUACCGCAACCAAACACCGAGCAGUUGUCACCAGGCAUUCUAUUUUCAAUACAACGAACUAAGAAAACGAUUCCAGUCAAAAGAACUACAUUGUGAAGCUUUAAAAACAGGUCAGUUCAAGUCUAACUCUUCGAACGACACAAUAUUGGAUUUGUGUGUGCAUGGUCAUUGUCACGUGGCUUCGAAUAAAGAAGACAAUAACCGUUUCUUUGAAGGUUACUGCGUUUCAUAACCAGUUCGCUUUUUUAACUAUGAUCUAACCCAACAUUCCGUUGGUAGUGGAAGUUUUGGCCAAUGCUACAAGCAAGUUACGGCAGGAUCGCCGUUAUUGUGAAGGAAAUGACACACAAUAACAAUGCUGGAGAGAAGGGAUUAUAACUGCAUUGGGGGAUCAUGCCAAUCUCCCAAUGUUGUUUGGAGUAGUUACAAAGAGCUUGCCCUUAUGCCUUGUUCUACAGUUCCAUGGCAUCAACCAAGAAAGCACUAUUCUUCAUCAGGCUACAAGCAAAAACCUGCUUAAUCCAACAGAUUGUAUUUGACUGUUUAUAAAGAUAGAUUCCACCUUGAGCUAUGUUCAUUCAAAAGGCUACCUUCAUAAAGACAUAAAAGCUAACACUGUAGUAUUGGAAAGAGAGUCCAACUCUGCAAAAUAUAACCCAAUUCUUAUUCAUUUUGGUAAAAGCACCAUCCUCAAAACAAAGUUCAUCCUGCUGUUCAAGAAAGAUCUAUUUAGCCCUAGAAGUCCCAAAAGAAAGACAUAA